UCCCUUUUUCUGGGACUACGGCCGCCGCCUCGGCAGUGCUGCCGCCACCUCGAGCCGCGCCGGGUGUCGCGGGCCGGCAGCUGUUCCCGCACGCGAGACCCCCUCCGCCUGGGGCCAGCUCCGCCCCGCGCUGCAGCCGCUCACAGACGCCGCUGCGCAUCCGCAUCCGCGCCGAAGCGCCCCACUGAUUCCAACGCGGGCCCCGCGCUUCGCGGGCCCAGGCCAACCAAUGGGAGCGCCAAACAGAUAAUGCGAACUGGGGGCGCCCCUGCUCCCCAUCCCCUCCCGUAUGGCUGGACCGCCACCCCUCGGGGAGCUACCCCCGGGCUACGCAUCCCCAGAUGGAUCUGCAGCACCCCAGAUCCUAGCUGGGAGCCUGAAGGCUCCCCUCUGGCUCCGUGCUUCCUUCCAGGGCCUGCUCUUCUCUCUGGGCUGCGCGGUCCAGAGACACUGUGGCAAAGUACUCUUCCUGGGACUGUUGGCCUUUGGGGCCCUGGCACUGGGCCUCCGCGUGGCCGUCAUUGAGACAGACCUGGAACAGCUCUGGGUGGAAGCGGGCAGCCGGGUGAGCCAGGAGCUGCAAUACACCAAGGAGAAGCUGGGGGAGGAGGCCGCGUACACCUCGCAGAUGCUGAUACAGACCCCGCGCCAGGAGGGGGAGAACGUCCUCACGCCCGAGGCCCUUGGCCUCCACCUCCAGGCAGCCCUCACCGCCAGUAAAGUGCAAGUGUCCCUCUAUGGAAAGUCCUGGGAUUUGAACAAAAUCUGCUAUAAGUCUGGAGUUCCCCUAAUUGAAAACGGAAUGAUCGAGCGGAUGAUCGAGAAGCUGUUCCCGUGCGUGAUCCUCACGCCCCUCGACUGCUUCUGGGAGGGAGCCAAACUCCAAGGGGGCUCUGCCUACUUGCCGGGCCGCCCCGACAUCCAGUGGACCAACCUGGAUCCCGAGCACCUGCUGGAGGAGCUGGGCCCCUUUGCCUCCCUCGAGGGCUUCCGGGAGCUGCUAGACAAGGCACAGGUGGGCCAGGCCUACGUGGGGCGGCCCUGUCUGCACCCUGACGACCUCCACUGCCCGCCUAGCGCCCCUAACCACCACAGCAGGCAGGCUCCCAAUGUGGCUCAGGAGCUGAGCGGGGGCUGCCACGGCUUCUCCCACAAGUUCAUGCACUGGCAGGAGGAACUGCUGCUGGGGGGCAUGGCCAGGGACCCCCAAGGACAGCUGCUGAGGGCAGAGGCCCUGCAGAGCACCUUCCUGCUGAUGAGCCCCCGCCAGCUGUACGAGCACUUCCGGGGCGACUACCAGACCCACGACAUCGGCUGGAGCGAGGAGCAGGCCGGCACGGUGCUGCAGGCCUGGCAGCGGCGCUUCGUGCAGCUGGCCCAGGAGGCCCUGCCUGAGAACGCGUCCCAGCAAAUCCACGCCUUCUCCGCCGCCACCCUGGACGACAUCCUACACGCCUUCUCCGAAGUCAGCGCCACCCGUGUGGUGGGAGGCUACCUGCUCAUGCUGGCCUACGCCUGCGUGACCAUGCUGCGGUGGGACUGUGCCCAGUCCCAGGGAGCUGUGGGCCUUGCCGGGGUGCUGCUGGUGGCCCUGGCGGUGGCCUCGGGCCUCGGGCUCUGUGCCCUGCUCGGCAUCGCCUUCAAUGCUGCCACUACCCAGGUGCUGCCCUUCUUGGCACUGGGAAUCGGCGUGGAUGACAUAUUCCUGCUGGCACAUGCCUUCACAGAGGCCCCGCCUGGCACUCCUCUCCAGGUGCCCGAGCCUCCCUCUCACGCUGCCUUGUCCCGGCAGGAGCGCACAGGUGAGUGUCUGCAGCGCACGGGCACCAGCGUCGCGCUCACGUCCAUCAGCAACAUGGUGGCCUUCUUCACGGCCGCCCUCGUGCCCAUCCCUGCCCUGCGGGCCUUCUCCUUGCAGGUGAGGCCUCACAGCGGGGGCCCGGGCUCAGGGCGGGCGUGGAGCCAGGGGCGGGCUGCAUCCAGGCUCUCUGCCCCCGCCAUCCACCCCCAGGCGGCCAUAGUGGUCGGCUGCAACUUCGCAGCCGUGAUGCUCGUCUUCCCGGCGGUCCUCAGCCUGGACCUGCACCGGCGCCACUGCCAGCGCCUUGAUGUGCUCUGCUGCUUCGCAAGCCCCUGCUCUGCUCGGGUGAUUCAGAUUCUGCCCCAGGAGCUGGGGGAUGGGACAGUACCAGUGGGCAUUGCCCGCUUGACUGCCACCGUUCAAGCCUUUGCCCACUGUGAAGCCAGCAGCCAACAUGUGGUCACCAUCCUGCCUCCCCAAACCCACCUGGUGCCCCCACCUUCUGACCCUCUGGGCUCUGAGCUCUUCAGCCCGGGAGGGUCCACACGGGACCUUCUAGGCCAGGAGGAGGGGACACGGCAGAAGGCAGCCUGCAAGUCCCUGUCCUGUGCCCACUGGAAUCUUGCCCAUUUCGCCCGCUCUCAGUUUGCACCCUUGCUGCUCCAACCCCAUGCCAAGGCCAUGGUGCUGGUACUUUUUGGGGCUCUUCUGGGCCUGAGCCUCUAUGGAGCAACCUUGGUGCAGGAUGGGCUGGCCCUGACAGAUGUGGUGCCUCGGGGCACCAAGGAGCAUGCCUUCCUGAGCGCCCAGCUCAGGUACUUCUCCCUGUACGAGGUGGCCCUGGUGACCCAGGGUGGCUUUGACUACGCCCACUCCCAACGCGCCCUCUUUGACCUGCACCAGCGCUUCAGUUCCCUCAAGGCCGUGCUGCCCCCACCGGCCACCCAGGCGCCCCGCACCUGGCUGCACUAUUACCGCAACUGGCUCCAGGGUGAGAGGCGAGGGGCCCAGCAGGGAGGGCUGCAGCCAGCCAAGCCCCCCGAACCCCAGGCCAGCCUUCCCGGUUCUCUCCCAGAAAUCCAGGCUGCGUUUGACCAGGACUGGGCUUCCGGGCGCAUCACCCGCCACUCGUACCGCAAUGGCUCCGAGGAUGGGGCCCUGGCCUACAAGCUGCUCAUCCAGACCGGGGAUGCCCAGGAGCCUCUGGAUUUCAGCCAGCUGACCACGAGGAAGCUGGUGGACCAGGAGGGGCUGAUUCCACCCGAGCUCUUCUACGUGGGGCUGACCGUGUGGGUGAGCAGCGACCCCCUGGGUCUGGCAGCCGCGCAGGCCAACUUCUACCCCCCGCCUCCCGAGUGGCUGCAUGACAAGUAUGACACCACCGGGGAGAACCUUCGCAUCCCGGCGGCCCAGCCCCUGGAGUUCGCUCAGUUCCCUUUCCUACUGCGCGGCCUCCAGAAGACCGCAGACUUCGUGGAGGCCAUCGAGGGGGCCCGGGCAGCGUGUGCUGAGGCAGGCCGGGCUGGGGUGCGUGCCUACCCCAGCGGCUCCCCGUUCCUCUUCUGGGAGCAGUACCUGGGCCUGCGACGCUGCUUCCUGUUGGCCAUCUGCCUCCUGCUGGCGGGCACUUUCUUCGUCUGCGCCCUGCUGCUGCUCAGCCCCUGGACGGCUGCCCUCAUAGUGCUGGUCCUGGCGAUGAUGACGGUGGAGCUCUUUGGCAUCAUGGGUUUCCUGGGCAUCAAGCUGAGCGCCAUCCCCGUGGUGAUCCUGGUGGCGUCUGUAGGCAUCGGUGUCGAGUUCACUGUCCACGUGGCUCUGGGCUUCCUGACCGCCCAGGGUAGCCAGAACCUGCGGGCUGCCCGCGCCCUGGAGCACACAUUCGCCCCGGUGACUGAUGGCGCCGUCUCCACGUUGCUGGGUCUGCUCAUGCUUGCUGGUUCCAACUUUGACUUCAUCGUCAGGUACUUCUUCGUGGUGCUGACCGUCCUCGCACUGCUGGGCCUCCUCCACGGGCUCGUGCUGCUGCCUGUGCUGCUGUCCAUCCUGGGCCCCCCGCCAGAGGUCGUACAGAUGUACAAGGAGAGCCCCGAGGUCACGAGCCCCCCGGCUCCACGGGCAGGAGGGCUCAGGUGGGAGCUGCCACCCACCUUGCCCGAGAGCUUUGCCAGAGUGACCACCUCCAUGACCGUGGCGCUCCGCCCACCCCCGCUGCCUGGCGCCUACAUCCACGCAGCCUCGGAGGAGCCCGCUUGGUCCCCUGCUGCCACACCCGCUGCCAGCGGCUCCAGCAACCUCAGUUCUAGGGGACCGUGUGCAGCCACCGGAUGAAAGCAGCUAAAGCACUGAGACCCUUUGGGGGCCCCAUGAAGUCACUGGGAAGCCCUGGGUGGGUGACUGAAGGCAGGGCAGACUCCUGGGGGGCCCUGCUGCUGCUGCUGCUGCUGCUCUCUGCCUCCAUCCCUCCCUUGACCCGGCCAUCACGGACCCUCUUCGUACCCACACAGAACUACCACCCUCGAGGCUGUGAGCAGCCUCGCACGCACGGGUCCUCUGUGCGCGUGCUGUGUCUGGGGCGGGUAAAAGCCAGCACUUCAGGCUGCAGGGCAGGCCCGCCCCCCUCCCCACCCCAGGCUGCUGCCCCCAGCAGACCCAGCCUGAGGCACCCUCUGCCAGUCCUGGUCCCCCACUGCUUGGUGACUCCUGGAUAGGCGCGCCACAGCCCCGCCCACAUCGCACCACAUAAAUUAUUUAUAUGAAGAUGUUUAUUUUUGUAGUUGAAAUAGAUGUUAGCUAUGCUGAAAGUUUUAUUUUUAAAAGAGUGAAAUAUAUUCUAUACGAACUCA